AUGGCGAGCCUCGAAGCCAUAAAAUAUCAGCGCGGAAAGCUUGAUGUUUUGGACCAAAAGCUCCUGCCCCACCAGAUAUCAUACCAUAAUGUGACAUCUUGUGUGGAUGCCUUUGAGUGCAUCACGAGCAUGCGAGUCCGAGGUGCACCUGCAAUUGCCAUAGUCGCGGCCUUAUCCCUAGCCGUGGAACUGGAACAAAAGAGAGACGGCGCUACAACACCCGAACUCCUUGUCAGAUAUGUAGAUGCGCAGCUCGAUUAUCUCUUGGGAUCAAGGCCGACUGCUGUUGAUCUUUCCAAUGCGAUUGGACUUCUCAAAUCUAGCUUUGCUUACAUGCCGAUGAGGACAAAUCCAGAAAAUUCAUGCGCCGAGAUGCGAGAAGCCCUUAUCAAUACAGCUGAAAAGAUUCUAGAUGAUGACCUUACCACUAACCUUGCGAUUGGAAGAUAUGGUGCUGAAUACCUCAGACGGCAACAGAUUCCAGUUUACACCCCCAUAAAGGAUGUCGAUCAGUUACGGUACUUCACCACUAGUCCUCCAGGUACCCAGGGCGCGCCAGACCAGACAUAUAGAAAGUUAAGUGUGCUCACUCAUUGCAACACUGGCUCUCUUGCGACUUCUGGCCAUGGUACUGCGCUGGGAAUAAUACGAUCGCUCUUUAAGAUGAGUUAUCUACACCAUGCUUAUUAUACAGAAACGAGACCCUACAAUCAAGGUUCGCGACUCACGGCUUUCGAGCUAUUAUUUGAGUCUAUUCCAUCGACACUCAUUUGUGACUCUAUGGCAGCGUCACUUUUUGCUCGUUACAAAGAUGAUCAAAAUAUAGCCGCUGUUAUCGUUGGCGCAGAUCGGGUGGCUCGCAACGGAGAUACGGCCAACAAAAUUGGCACAUAUGCCCUUGCCAUACUCGCUCGCCACCAUGGCAUAAAAUUUAUUGUCGCUGCCCCAACAACGUCCAUCGAUUUAUGCACGGAGACGGGGGUUGGAAUCCGGAUAGAAAACCGUUGUAACUCAGAAAUAACGCAAAUAUCGGGUGCCUUAGUUGACCUUGAUGGUAAAAUCGACCCGAAUCGUUCGGCCCGAGUAGCUAUUGCAGAUCAGCGAGUCAACGUGUGGAAUCCUGCAUUUGACAUCACGCCAGCUUCCCUAAUCGACGCCAUUAUUACUGAGCGCGGAGAAGUACUCCGAAAUUCUAGCGACACGUUUGAUUUCCGACGCAUUUUGAGUGAUAGAUGGGCUCGGGAGGUGAGGGACACGAUAGAUGAAGAAUUAGUAGUCGGUAGCGACGACAGCACGCAAUUCCCGAUGGAAGUCUGA